AUGUUGAAAGCGGCCCUGGUGUUGCAGGUGUGUGUACUGGCCGUGGCUUGCCUGGGGCUGCUGGCGUGCUGCCAGGCGGACUACCCCGUCCACAAGCUGGUGGCUCCCUACUACGGCGUGUACGACCCUUACUGGCACGUCAACAAGCACUGCAAGACGCACAAGGUCAAAGUCAUUGACGAUAUCUACGAGCCCCACUACCAUGGUUACGGGCCCUAUCUGCACGGUUACCAUGGAUUCGGCUACCCUGGUUACGGUUACCACGGCUAUGGCAGUCAUUACUACGGCUACCCUGCGCAUGGGUACCACGGUUAUGGCAAGCAUUACUACGGCUUCCCCGCUCUGAAAGCUGGUCUCUGGUAA